AUGGUCUCGACCACGCCAAAUACUAUUAUAACAACACAAAAUGAACAAAAACUAGCUAAUGUUGAUAGUUUUUUGAAAAUAUCUCUGAAUAAGGAAGAAUUUUUUUUUCCAGCAUUACUCAAUCGUAUUAGUCAAACAGCCAAAAUGUUACAACAAUCACUAAAAAGUAAGACAAAUAAUUUAUGGAUGAAAAGAUAUAAACAGUUAGGCAGUUGGCAAACAAAUAAAAAUGACGUUAGUGAUGAGUUGAUGGCCAACAAAACCUUGAAAAAAGUCGAACAAGAAAAAGGAAGUUUAUAUGAUGGU